AUGGGUCUCAAGACAGUCCUCCUCGCGCUGCUAGCGCCCUCAGCACACGCCCUCCUCCGGUUCUCUUGCUCCCAACUUGUAGUCGACCGCCUCGAUCCUCUUGUCAAUCCCGGCCAAGCCCCCUCGCCCCAUCUGCACCAGAUUAUCGGCGGUAACUCUUUCAAUACGUCUAUGGAUCCGACUGUCGCGCCCUCAGACCAGGCCACGUGCACGACGUGCACUUUUGCUGAGGACUUCAGCAACUACUGGACCGCCGUGAUGUUCUUCCGAGCGAAGAAUGGAACUUUCAAACGUAUUCCGAUCAAGGGAAAUGUCGGAUUUGAGCAGUCUAGUGGCGGCAUGACAGUGUACUAUACACCAACCCUGUCGAACGGUGCUGCGAAAGGAGCUGUGACCGCGUUCAAGAAGGGCUUCAGGAUGAUCGUCGGAAACCCGCAAUACAGGACCGAAGCCGAAGCCAAGCAGUUCCGCCAACUCACAUACACUUGUCUAAAGGACGCCAUGACCCGAACUGGAGAGACGUUGGAUUUCCCCAAGCAGCCAUGCCCGGCCGGCAUCAUGGUCAAUGUGCGGUUCCCCACCUGCUGGGAUGGGAAGAACCUUGAUUCGCCGGACCAUAUGAGCCAUGUGGCGUAUCCUAGCUCCGGCACCUUCGAAAACAACGGCCCCUGCCCUUCCACCCACCCGGUCAAGGUCCCGCAGCUCUUCUACGAGGUGAUCUGGGAUACCACUAAGUUCAACGAUAAGAGCCUGUGGGCGAGCGACGGAUCGCAACCGUUCGUCUGGUCGUUUGGCGAUGCGACCGGGUACGGCAACCACGGUGACUACGUCUUCGGGUGGAAGGGCGAUGCGCUGCAGAAGGCCAUGGAUACCAAUUGCAAUAUUAACUGCCCGGCCCUGAAGACGCAGAGUAUUGCGCAGGGGAACAAGUGUACGGUUAAGCGGGUGGUGAACGAGGAUAUUGAUGGGUGGUUGACCGAGUUGCCCGGGGGUAUGCCUGUGCAGUAA